ACGUUGCCUCCCGGGUAACGGGAAAGUCCAUUAUCAUGAGAUACGUUUCUCAUGAAGCAGAUGAAUCGACAAAAUUAAUGCCAAAGGUUUAUGUAAAGUGACCGUGUACGAUUCGUAAGUGCUCUUUGCAGUUUAUGCGCCAUAAUGGCCUAUCAAUAGCUGUGUAGAGUUUUCGUUCUAACUUGAAACUUGCAGUAAGAACGUCAUACUCGGUUAAAUGCAAUUCUAAAAUGACUCGAAUACAGUAAACGAAUAUGCUUGGUUCGUUUAAAGAGAAAAUUUUUCCUUUGCGACCGGCUGAUUUUUAUUAUUUUCUCGGUAAGAAAGUUUCUAUGAAACUCGACAUUUCAUUCCUUUUCUUACAAUCGAACGCUACGAAACCGUCAAAAACACAAAGCAAUUAGUGUGUGGGUUGAAAACACGUAGGCUUGGUUGAAUUUAAUGGCUUUCCGGUUUACCAUGUUUCAGGAAACCCAUAGUUUUUCAUUAUCCUAAUUUACCACCCUUUCCUCUGUUUACUAUUUGUUCGGUGGUUGUUAUUCUUCAUGUUUAUUAUAUACACACAGUGAUAGUCUAUGAUAUGACGUCAUUGCGAUAACUAUCCUCGUAGAAGGUUUGCGAUCGUAAAAGUGUUUACUUCACAUUACUCUCAAUCCAUCCUGAAAUAGGAACUAAGCGGAGUAUCUUUAAAAUUUGGGUAACUAAAUUCAUCAAUGCUUUACCAAAACUGAAAAUAGCAAAAAAAAAAACAAAAAAAAAAAGAAUCGUGUUAUAAACAUUCUAAGGACUCAUUGCGGUUUAUCAGCAAAAGACAAUGCAGGCCGAAUAGCAGUGACAACAUUCUCCGUCGGGAUUCGGUUCUUACCUGGUUGAUAAUCAAAAUACAAGCUCGUAUAAACAAUGUGGGAGUAAGCUUGAACGCAAUCUUUGAUGUUCUAACCGCUUAUGGGGGCGGCUAACUGGCUAUGAGUUUCAUUUUUAAUUCAGUAGAAUAAUAUUUGGCUUAGUUGGUUUAGAGCUUAUGUAGUAUAUCGUUCACUGAUAUAGUUUAUUUCUAAUGUUUUAAAACCACUGAGUUACUCAGACGUGUAUUUCAUAUAUUAUGCGUUACUUCAAAUUGAUGGUAACAAAAGCUCCUUCAUUUCCACGCCAACAAUGUUGGUUGAAAACUGCAAGUCACGAAAACUGCCUGCAAGUUCGUUAAACAAAUGUACAGUAAGUGUCAAGAGUCCACUGUAAUUUUCACAAAGUCCUAAAAAGUCAAUUACGUUCUGAAAGUUCAGCCUCGCUUUUUUUCAUAACACCUUUAACCUCCCGUGUCAUUUUAUGAAAAUUGAAGAGCAUGUAAAAUAUGUCUUUAUCGUCGUUUUUGUUUAAAUUAUACCAAAAAAGGAGACGAAAAAACCAAACUAUAUUUUCAGAUUGAACGGAAAGAGCUUGGAGUAGUAAGCAGAGCAGUUGGAACAGACUGGACCUGCAGCGACUGAAAGUUUUAUAUUUCCGCAAAGAGUUCUUCAACUGCAAUCAUCUCCCUUACUCUUGAGUGGCCAAACGAUAUCUUAAACUGAUACGAUAUAAGGUUGCCUUUUUUAAUAACACACUAAAGUUUGGCUAUUGAUUCGCAUAAUUUGGUGCGUGAAUGUCAUCCAUAAUCCUCUCUGUGUUAUCAGAUCACUUUUCAAAGGCAGGAAGCGUUGCAAGGGGCCUACUCGAGAAAGCUAAUUUACUUUUAGGAAAAGGAAGUGCAGUUGAGAUGCUCGCAUCGGAUGGUGUAGUUUGUGACAGGCAAUAUGCCAGAGUAAAUUCUUGUUAUGCAUGGGCUGCUCUAAACAAUGGCUCGUUCAUUAUAGGUUUUGUGGAAAGUGUGAAUGAAUCAGUUCAAUUAGCUACAGAGUGCUCUCCGCCCUUUGAUCAAAUAAAUCUCUUUAGGCAAAGCGUUCAAGUUGCAAACGAAGCCAUUCAUAAAAGCUCCUUUGUUAGCGUUUUAACACAUCACGCGUUAACAUAGUUAAAAUAACCUUUGGACAAAAUUAUCAACGUUUUGCUGAUGUAUUUAAUAUCAGAAACGCGUGUAAGACUUCAGUGUUAACGCUUUCCAAUCAGUACAUUUGAAGGAUACAUUAACAAGAACUUUCAAUGUCUCGGCCUUCUAACGCUUAAGUCUAUAAUUUUUAUUUCAGCGCGCGUGAAUGGCUAAUCCUGUUUCAGCAAAGCUAAGGAACGUGCACCCCUUAAUUUCCCCUUCUCCGCCCCCCUGAUAGUCCUUUUGUUGCUCUAACUCGUUAGCCUUCUCUUUCCUCGAAUUUCUUUCUCGUGAUUGUUGUUAGAAUUUCCUGUUUUGAAGUCGUUAUCAAGACGAUUCCCGCCUUUUCACUGAUUUUUGACGACUUGACGAACAACGACAAUCGUGAAAAAGCUGAAAGCGUUCUCGUAGGUGUCAAUUGCAUGAUUCAUGGCGUGCAACAGUGUGAAAAGAGUGCUAUAAUUAAUACGAACCUCUCCACAACACGCUACAAAGAACAAGCCAAUCUCAUUGACGCAACAAAAGAACGGAACUAUUGUUUUCUAAACGGAAACAGCGCCCGCUGUGGUUUUCAUUCCUAUUUUUUUGGCUUUCUCUGUAACAAGAAUUUAAGAGGCUCUAACAGCUCAGUUUUAUUAGACUCGCAAGGUCUUGCUUGAAUCAAAGGUUCUGCAGGACACCUUUUAAAAGAACCGCAGAUCCUAUAUAGAAAUUACUGUCAAAACAAAGUGAUAGGAAGAUCAAUUCGCACGUCGAACUGUCAAGUGACUUUUGAAAACUGCACUUAUAAGUGGCUGUAAAUGCGAUUUACAUGUUCCCGCUAGGGAAGUUUGACACGUACUCUGUCCAACCUUAGCAGUUGUACAGUUCCUGCUGAAAAAUUGUCGCUACGCUUUUAAAGUCUCUCACUUUGUUUACUUCAGGUAUGUUCAUUCCUUUAUCAGUUUUAUUUCUCUCGCUCUGGUUUCGUUCAUCCGUUUUCCUCAAAUUUUCCACUAAAUUCAUCAAAGCUAAUAUCAUUGAUUCUUCAAUUGAUUGGCCCAGCUGUUAGUGAGAAUGCUACAUUCCACUGAUAUUGGGACGCCUUUGAAUCGCGCAUAAAACAGAGGUUAAUUCCUUGAAGACAUUUUAUUUGCAGCAGUACUUACGCUCUGGAAACAUGUCUCUAUCAAAUGUGGUGCGACGCACCGUCGUCCUGUUCAUUUUAGUUCUGUCAAAUACUUCACUGAGUUCCGCAAAUCAACACAGUGCAAGAAAAAAUGUCAAUGAAGUCACAACCACAAGGUCUCAACCGAAAAAUCCCUUACUAAAGACUCCUCAAGUCGACCAUGAGCUGUGCAAAAAACCGAUUUUUCCAAUUCUUCCCCCCGGCUGGGCCCUACCACGUUCCUUGUGGUCUGUCCGCGCCAUGAUGUUUCUGCAGAUUUUACCGGACGGCACAAUUAACGGAACUCUGAAAUUCCAUGAACACGCAAAACUAGCAUUGGAAGUAGUCGACAACUGUAGUGUAAGGAUAAAAGGCGUGGCCACUGAAAGAUAUCUCGCUAUGGGGGUAAAUGGAACUCUUGUCAGCCAGAUUGAUCCAGACCGAAUCAGAUCCAUUUUCAGAGUUCAGCUACAGAAGGAAUUUUUUACAUUCAAAAAUGGCGAAUUUUUCAUUGCGCUUAAACAUGGUGGCACCACGAAGAAAGUUAGAGGAAAUCAGAAUGGUAGAAGCAAUCGGCGGAGCACUCGCUUUGUACUGUUGGACCGAACACCGAGAAAACGAAGAUUUCCGUCAGCUCUCGGCUCACCGAGAAUGAAAGACUUUGAGCCGAAACUCUUUGAGGGUUUGCAGAAGCGCUAACCUGAACGAAGGAACAAAAACCGAAUUUCCUGGUAAAAUAUCAAGUCUUGACAACCAUAUAUAUAGCAUUUGCAGUUCAAAGUCUUGAGUCUGACUACUCAUUUUGUCUCAGUUUUUUUUUUUUUUUUUUCAGUUAAGUAUGAGCAAAACAGCAAUGGGAGCAGUUCAACUGUUUUGUUUUGUUCACCUAAAAGUGCAUGCUAAAUCAAGUUGUGUCGCAGCAGAGCCUGAAAUGAAGAGAAAGGUGUUGUUAUUCUCUCUACUUCAGUUCCUUCUCUGCAACUCCAAGUUCGAAUUAGGAAAUCAUUUAACACAAACAUAAUGAGAACUAAAUUACCUUUUUUUGCUAGUCAAAAAUCGGACAGAAGAUAGCUUUGUGAUAUUGAGACCUCAGUGGUUCCAAAAAGAUUACGCGCGCUUGAAUGAGCCAAUCACCACAAUUCUUAGAGCCGAUGCAAUGUACCAGCAGGACUGAGUCCGAUGACCCGCAGUUCCAGACCUUCAUCAAUUAAGUACUUCUCGAUCAAGAGUCAUUCAGGGUCUGGGAAACGCCACAUAUUUUCAAACACACACGCAGCACAACGCACCGUGAAUUCCUUUUGACGUAGUUGGUCGCAUAACUCUAACACUUUGGCUUCCCAAAGCGUUUUAAGAAAUACAACUUACUUUUAUAAGGGCUACAUUUCGGUCAUUCAAGUAGAUGAUGUAAAUCGUAUUUGUCAGUGUAGUAAGAGAUUAACUGUUGGAAUUAAAAAGUAAAUUAAAAAUAAGCUCUAUAGCUGUAAAUAAACUUA